GUGUUAGAAACAUCAUACGCCCACCAUUACUCCCUCGACAGGAAACCGGCCAAAAGCGACCCAAAUCCUUCGCCUCAGUACAGACAACGCCGAGAAAAUCCUCAAAUCGACAAAACAGAAGCAAUGUGCCAAGAAGUCACUUGGUAUUACACCCUCUGUGAGCAUCUCAACCCGCUCUACUACUUCCACGUCCCCUGCGCGAAGGCUAUCCGGCACGGCUACAAUUGCGACGCAACACCCUUGUAUAUUCCCCUCUUCGGUGCAUGCAGCGGGUGUCGUGACAAUACACGCCCGACGAGAAAAGCGAUGAGGAAAGAAUAUAAGAGACGAUUAUCAGACACCGGUGAUGCCACAGAGUAUGAGGGCGAUAUCAGUACUCUAGAAUCGGAUGUCGACUCGGGAAGCGAUACCACACUCGACGGCUUGGAGUUGUUUGACCGGCUUACCUUUUGAUGGUAACAGCCGGCACAGUUGGUUCAGCGAAACAAACCAUUUAAUUAUGCAUCUUUCAGUGUUCCUCGAUACAGGGAAAUCACUAAAGCGGAAAAGUGGAAGGCCACGAUAUAUUGGGAUUCAUGUCGAUUCAUUGCAGUUCAUAAACCUAG